AUGGAUUUCAACAAGUCAACUCAGGCACGAAACUGGUUAUUUUUCCCUGAAGAACUUGAAGAAUUGAGGAGAGGCAACUACAAUGAAAUCGGAGAAAUUGUUUCUUCUAAUAUUUCUUAUGAAGAUUAUCGUGGAUAUAUUCAAUAUUACGCAGACGAGUUACUUAAGUAUGCUGCAAAGAUUGAAAUAUGGAAUUCAUAUCAAGUAUAUACAGCAUUAGCUCUUUAUCAGCGUGUUUACGUAAGAAAAACAAUUUGGGACAUUCCUCCUCCAUUGGCAAUGAUGAAUGCCCUCUUUAUUGUUUGCAAAUUCAUUUUCCCAAUUAAAUUCUCAGAAUUGGUCCGAGUUGCAGGCUUCAAACAAGAAUUAAUUGACAGAUUUAAACCAUACGAACAGAUUGCUAAAUCUGAAGUUAUCUGCCUUACAGGAUGGAAAUUCAAUCUCAAAAUCCAUCUUCCUAUCCACCAUUUAUAUGGAAUUGUUGAUGGAAGACUCGAUAGAGAAAGUUUUGAGAAAUGCUUAGAAUGUCUCAAACAAAUUCUUCAAACAGAUGCAUUACUACUCUUCCCUCCAGGCCAAAUUGCAUUCGCUGCCGUUGCAAUUACUUGCGGAAUGGAUACAGCAGUUUCAUUCCUUCCUGAAGCCAAACAGGGAACAGAUCCAAACGUUCCGCUGGUAGAUGAAUUGGCCCAAGUUACUGAGGCCAUUCAAAACCUCAAGAAACCUGAAUAUGAUCCAGCAAGGUGCAUGCAAGUAGAAGAACAAUAUGGUAUUGAAUAUGUUGUUCAGGAAACAUUAACAAGGGCACAAGCUCAGCCAGAAAAUCCAACAGAAAAAUCAAUUGUCCCUCCAUCCGCUUAA